AUGUACGAUGCUCUGAGAGAGUACUGUGUCCUAAAUGAAGUAGCGAAGAGCUCAGGGCUGGAGCUCGUCUGCGUUGCAUGUGAUCUGGGGUUUCGCGAUCAGGAUGUGCUAUACAAGCAUUUCGAUACUAUGAAGGGCCAAGACAACGUCCACAACGGAUUGUCCAAGAGAGAGGGAGAUUUCCCCCUAUUUUUGAAUAGCUAUAGGAUAGCUAUGGGCUGGGAAACCAUCUCAGAUGGUGAUUUUCCAAUCGAAUUCAAUCAAACGGGACGACGACCUGGACGUCGGCCAUUCUACACCUUCUUCGAAAUCGAUUUUGUCCUGGAAAAAAAGGGCGAGGUCAAAUUCAACACCCUGGAGAAGAGUCUUGCGAUUGUGGGGAAAAUUGUCAGCAAUGCCCAAAAGGAUUAUCUAUGUCCUCUCUGUUUGGUACUCUGCAGCACCACCAAAGCGUUUUAUUAUCAUUGUGACCAAAUGGAGGAUGAAGUCCACACGGGCCUCGCGUACAAGGGCCCAGAUUGCCAACUGUUUCUUCCUCAUUACUUUACUGCCCUCAAGGCAACAGUACCGGAGAAAGAAUUGCCUUUGGGUAGGGGUCGACAGGGUGCAUACUCGUUCCAUGAGUGUUUCCGGCGGAAGUUCGUCAUGAGAUGGAAACAAGAAGCGGAUGUUUCCCUUUCCGCGCUCCUUGCCAAAAGCAACAACAUCGAGAGGGUCAGUGGUGGAGCCAUAAUACUUAGCUUCCGUCCGGAUGAUCUAUCUUCUCCACACGUCCUACUUUGCCAACGCUCUCCCAACGGGAGAGAUGACGAUGGAGAGCCGACAAUGAAUUCUUUCCCUGGUACAUGGGAGGGCCCUGGCGGUGGUGCACUGCCGGAGGACAGGAGCAUUUUGGGAACCACGGUACGCGAGACUGCCGAGGAAACUGGAUUGGUGCUCUGGGCGGCUUCCAAUCGGGUCUACUGUGUUACAUUCCCUCAUAAAGAUGUUUUGAUGGCAAAAUAUUUGGUCAUUGUAGAGACUAGCAAGAAAGCCAACUGUCGACGUUUGUGGUCCGAUGAACACGACGGACCUCGUGGCUCGGAUGAAAAACCAAUCCGGCUGAGGGACGACGAACACCUCGACUACGUUUGGGCCACAGAACAGCAAGUUCGAAACUCGGUGAUUUACGACCCAAGCGAUACAAGAAAAGUAGGGCUUACCAUGAUCCAAAGCAACAAAGAUGUUCUCCUGGACUUUUUCUCGUGGCUGAAGAAAGAUGACCCUUGCAUCGAGUACCCUCUGCCCGAGCUGCCACUGCAGGGCGAUGGAAAAUAG